UUGUACUUUGAGGGUGCACAAGGAAGCCACUGGUUGCAGAAAGCUCGGCAAUGGCGGCCUUCUUUUGAUUUUAGAGAGAGAGAGAGAGAGUUAGGGUUUUAGUGCAAAAAUGGAAAAAAAAAGUGGUUUGGAGAACACACUGCAAGAUGGGAAGCUCUUCAGACAGCCCAAUGCCCUCAUCGUCGCUCAUCUUCGCCACCACAAUCUCUCUCAGGCUGCGAGCGAAUGCGGUUGCUUCUGCCACAAUGACACCAUUGAACGUUGAGGCUUCUCCCAACAGGCUUCUGGAUCUUGUUGCUAAGGGAUCAUCAAAGAUUUUUUCCAAAGCACAAGGAACCGGUCAUCCAAUUCCGCGUCUAUAUGAUGUAAACACUUUCCAGUGCAUUCUUCCCGCAAGUUUCGCCGAUAUCAGUCCAAAUGGAGCCAUUAAUCAGGUUCGGUAUUCCUCAACGGGGGCCAUGUAUGUAGCAUCAUCGAAAGACAGAGCUAUCCGAUUAUGGGACGGGGUCACUGCAAAGUGCGUCGGCUCCAUUCACGGUGCCACAAGUGCAGCGUUCACCCGAGAUCAGAGAUUCAUUCUCUCGUGCAGUAAAGAUUCGACGGUGAAGAUAUGGGAAAUCGGGACGGGAAGGAUGGUGAAGGAAUUCGGUGUGAGGCGUACACAGUUGCAGUGUCAGGCUGUCUUCAACGAGACAGAAGAGUUUGUACUGUCCACAGAUGAAGCGAACAAUGAGGUUGUGGUAUGGGAUUCGGUGACGGCAGAGAAGGUGGCUGUCGAACCACAGAACAGCAGCGGUGCAACGAGGUGGAUCGAGCAUUCGCCCGAAGUCACCUGUGGCUCCAACAGAUCAGUCCGGUUCUGGAAUGGAACCAUCUAGGACAGGAACUACUGGUCAACUAGCAAAGAGCACUGCUUGACGAUGGGAGCUUUGUUUCGGCCUUUUACUGUAAUUUGUAUUUCUAAGAUGGCUAUUUGGUUAAUAACCGAAUAGUCGAACCCAAUGUAUAUGCUGUAUAAUUUUGCGAAUGAUAUGUUUUUUUUAUA